CCACCGCUCACCUCGACGGAGAGCCUCCCACCACUACUGAGAAAGCGGCCUGGAGCCGAGUUGUUGGUCAUUCUCUUAAUUACACUAUCCCGCCCGGCCCGCGCUCUUUUGAUCUAUUUCUUGCCCUACCAACGCUCUUUUCGAAGCCAACGGGAAGCACGUAUCCCUGAUUGACCGGAACGUUUGUGCAGGCAGCAGUUCAAGGCGGAAUUCCGUCUCAGCCCAGACGAUCAAACCAACUCUUGAGCAACGCCCCCGUCAUGGAGCAAGCCCGCCCCCUUGGGAGCCAGAAGGCCCGACGCCAGAAGCUCCGCCAUGCCAUCAAGAUCAUGGCCUGCGGUGGCAUGAUUGGCACUGCCAUCCUGUUUCCCCUGGCAGACGUCCAGGGCCUCUGGUUUCGCGCCUUGACGCCCUCUAUCUUCAUCCUAAGCGCGCUGGGCUUCCAUGCGCUACACCUGGAACCCUUCGUCAGAUAUGGACGCUUUACUGUUCCCCCGGCCCUCGCCUUUCUUCUCGUCGCUGUCCUGGCAGCUGGAUCUGCGAGGGAGGAACUCAUCCCGUGGCUGCCGCUCUUCAUUGCCUCGUUGAGCCUGAUCACAGUCGCCAUGGACGACAUCUCGAAGCGUAUCGGGCUCCGGCCUGCUUCCCUCGUCGGUAGCGACGACGUGCCGUCUUGGACAUCCACGGACACGUGGAGCAAUUAUUCCCUCCGGUCCGUGUCGACCCAGCAACGGCCGCAGUCGGUACUCGGCUCCACUCUGCACGAUCCUCUCUUUUUCGCCCGGCAUGGGCCCCCCUCUAGAAUGUCCCAGCGGACGUACACAAACGGCACCGACAUUACGCUUUCCGGCAUCGCGCCACAGUUGCGAUCUCACUGGGAUGCCCAGACACUGGGUUACUUUUCAGCGACUGCUCCGCCAAACGGAGAACACCCGGUUGGGUUUGGCC